GUCGGUGCUGUUCCUAUCGAAUGCCACCACAGCUGCCGCUUAAGAACCCAGUGUUGGGUAAUUUGGGACAACCGUGAUAAUUGUGUUUUGCUGGCAACAAAAUGGACGGAUUUAUGAUGGACAUUAUUAAGGGCAUGUGUAUCAUGGACAACGACGGCAACCGGAUACUGGCCAAAUACUACGACAAAAACAUAUUGUCCACGUUGAAGGAGCAGAAGGCGUUCGAGAAAAAUUUGUUUAACAAGACGCACCGUUCCAACACUGAAAUCAUCAUGCUCGACGGGCUGACGUGUGUUUACAAAAGCAACGUGGACUUAUUUUUCUACGUGAUGGGCAAUGCGUACGAGAACGAGCUGAUACUGCUGUCGGUGCUCAACUGUUUGUACGACUCCAUAAGCCUCAUUCUCAAGAAGAACGUGGAGAAGCGCCUGGUUCUGGAGAAUCUGGAGAUCAUCAUGCUGGCCUUUGAUGAGAUUUGCGACGGCGGCAUCAUUCUGGACGCGGAUCCCUCAUCUGUGGUGAAACGUGUCGACCUGCGCAACGAGGAUAUACCCAUUGCCGAACAGACCGUUGCUCAGGUUCUGCAAUCGGCGCGCGAGCAGCUCAAGUGGUCCAUACUGAAAUGAGGUCGGGGCCGCAAAGGAAGCCAGAAUCAGUAACACCUGUCGCAAUGCAUUCGAUUUUUUUCUAUUAAAUUCGCUUAGAGUGUAAUAUACAUAAUAUACAUAUAUAUUUAACUAUAGAAACAAUGCCGUUUGUUUCAUAGAAAGUUUGCUGUAUGCCAAUGUACAAUAUUCAAGCUCUUUAAAAGACUACAAAUAAGCUGUAAAAUGGUAAUUUACAAUAAAG